UUCAAAUAUCAAAUCUAUAUCUUGAAUUCUAAUGAUCGCUAUUGAUGGUUUGAUACGAGAAGUAAACCCCCAAUUGGAAAGAGGAGCUUUCUUCUUCAGUCACUCAACGGGCUCCUCUUGAUUCAUCUUCUUCUUCAUCAGUUAUCAUCAAUCAAGGGUUCUUUGAUCCGAAAAAUUAGAGUAAGUAGUUGUUAGUAUAUAUAGAGACAGAUGUCGUCAACUGGCCUUCCUAGAUCUUCCAGUGGCAUCCCCCCUAAAGAACUCCUUGACGAUCUCUGCAGUCGAUUUGUUCUGAAUGUGCCCAAGGAGGACCAGCAAUCAUUUGAAAGGAUUUUGUUUCUGGUGGAGUAUGCGCAUUGGUUCUACGAGGACAAUUCUGUAGAAAAUAAUCCGUCUUUGAAGUCAUUCACUCUCAAGGAAUUUACCUCUUUAAUGUUCAACAGUUGUGAUGUUUUGAAGCCUUAUGUCCCUCAUAUAGAUGACAUAUUCAAAGAUUUCACGUCAUACAAGGUUAGAGUUCCUGUAACAGGGGCUAUUAUUUUGGAUCAAACUUAUGAAAGGUGUGUACUGGUAAAAGGAUGGAAGGGAACAAGCUGGAGUUUCCCUAGAGGAAAAAAGAACAAAGAUGAGGAAGAUGAUGCUUGUGCCAUCCGAGAGGUUCUGGAAGAAACAGGAUUUAAUGUUUCGAAACUUAUUAACAAAGAUGAGUAUAUUGAAAUGACAUUUGGCCCACAGAGGGUCAGACUCUACAUAGUUGGAGGCGUCAAAGAUGAUACGCCUUUUGCCCCACAAACCAAAAAGGAGAUCAGUGAAAUUGCAUGGCAACGUCUUGAUGAACUUCAAACGGCUAAUCGAGAUGUAAUAUCACGCAGUGUAGCCGGUCUUAAGCUUUACAUGGUUGCUCCAUUUUUGAAAUCUUUGCGAUCUUGGAUUUCAUCACAUCAGCCCCCCGUUGCACCAAAACCAGAUUCACCUGCUAGAGCCAUGAGCUUGUGGAAGGCAAAAGGCAGUAGUUCUUCAGGGAACAACUUGGUGAUGACAGAAACUCCGUCAACAACUAACCUGGCUUCGGCUUCGGUUUCGGUCCCAGUUUCAAAUUCAAACAACGGCCCCGGCCGAAGCUUCAGGAACUUUCAGUUCGAUAGCGCCCCUAUAUUACAAGCAAUUGAGGCGGCUUUCUCCUGAAUUGAUUGCACAUAAAAUUCCGAAUUGAUCUAUGUAUAGACUAUAGACGACAUACUACGGGUAAGUAUUAGUCUAUUCGGAGUAGUAGUGUUGGCAGGCUUUUGCCUUUUGAAUGGAUGUACCGUGUACGUACUGGGAAACUUUUAUAUGUUCUGGCGACCUGAUUGUGUAUUGUUUGUUACAUUUAAGUUGAAACACAGCCCAAUGUAGUUUGAUCUUUUUGCUCAUUUUGUAAAUGUUUGGUGCGUGGUCUACACGUAUAUAUAUGUAAACACGCGUAUAUAGAGAUCACGUUCACAGCUUACAAUAUUGGUAGGGGCGAACAUUUGUUGAAAA